AUGACAAUUCUGGGCUACUGCUUACUCGUAGUUGCGCUUGCUAUGUGCAACCCUUCUUCAGCAAAGGUCCACAAAAUUGGCCUACAAUACACUCCAUCCGUAAGAAUGAGAAUGUACCAGGAAGGAAAACUUGAGCAAUAUGUACAAGAAAAGGCCACUCGUGCACACAAACUUGCAGCACAGAUGGAUUCCAGCAGCACUCCAGUGAUUGACUAUGAUGACAUGGCUUAUAUGGCGCAGAUCACUUUGGGCACACCUCCGCAAUCGUUCGUGGUUUUCCUGGACUCAGGAUCGGCAAAUUUAUGGGUGCCAGAUAUCGCUUGCGCCGAAGGACAGUCGAACACCUGCGGCACCUACUGCAAGCAGACACAAUACCAGACCUGUCUUACAUUCUGCCAGGAAUCAUGCUGUAAACCACCUGGGGCAAUUUCUGACACUGCAAAUGGCUGCACUGCCAAGCAUAGAUUUAAUCAAAGUUUGUCGAGCACUUACGUGAAACAGUCAGAUUCAUUCACAAUGUCUUACCAAACAGGAGAAGUUAGCGGAUUUCUUGGCAAGGACACAUUCUGUCUUUACAAUACCUCUCUAUGCGCCACGGGACAGGUUUUUGGCCAAGUAACCCUCAUGGGUCAAGGGUUCGAUAAGCAGCCUGAAGAUGGAAUGAUUGGGCUUGGAUGGCCUGCUCUAGCUUUAGAUACGAUAACACCUCCUAUGUUCAACCUUCUCAGUCAAGGAGAACUGGAUCAGCCUUAUUUCGUGGUCUAUAUGCGGCAUCUGGGGCCGCAUGCAGAUAACAAUGGGGGCCAAUUGACCGUUGGUGGCUUGGACACCGAACAUUGCUCGUCUGACUUUGAUAUGAUCCCUCUCACUUCAAGGACGUACUGGCAAUUCAAGAUGUCAAGUGUGAGCGCUGGAUCCUACUCUUCGGCGCCGAGUGCUGGUUGGCAAGCAAUCUCCAGUACAGGAUCAACAUUUAUUGGUGGACCUAAAGCUAUCUUGGAUAAUAUAGCCAAACAGGUUAACGCUGUCUGGCUGGACUCGCUAGGUUCAUACUUUGUCGAAUGUAGCGGCAAUGAUCCAGAUGUCGUGUUUGGAAUCAAUGGGAAGUCUUAUACAGUAACUCAGAUCAACUACAAAAUUUCUAGCGGUGUCGGACUCUGCAUGUUCGGAUUUUUCCCAACGACAGCUGGUGGUUUCUCCCCAUCAUGGACACUAGGGCCACCAUUAAUCCGCGAGUACUGCCAAAUCCAUGAUAUGCAAAAUGGAGCAAUUGGGAUGGCCAAAGCUAUCUCAGCAUAGAUUGCGCGAUAGAGUGCCAUGUGCUUGAAGUCAAACUCUGGCCAGUGCGACCGCGGUUAUAAAUAGGAAAUUUCAAGCUCUACAAUGUUACUUUUUUCACUGCCGCCUUAUACUGGUCCU